GCUCUUCCAAGAGUAGUCAUCAUGGCGAUCCUCUUAAAGGUGCCCCCAAAGUCUAUGUUGAAAUUCAUGUGCGUUUCAAAACCAUGGCUUCGGCCAAUCUCUAGCCGUAAGUUAGUAAAGACUCAUGUGAGAUUAACAGCUAGUGACAAAGAAUGCAGUCACCAUAGGGUUAUUUUUCAAGACUCCACAGGCAAUUUCAAGGUAAGUCGUCUCCCUCCCUUGUUCCACAAAGAACAAAGAGUUGAGCUAUUUAACAUGGAUUCUCCCAUGGAAAAACCCAAUAUUUAUACUAAGAUUGUGGGUUCUGUCAAUGGAUUGAUUUGUAUGUACAGUAAGAUCGAGGAGCCAGUCCUAUGGAACCCCACAAUUCGGAAAUGUAAGAAAUUGCCUACAUUUGAAGCUAAUUUGAGGAGGGAUUGCUCUUACUAUCUCAAUUACGGUUUUGGAUAUGAUGAGUCACAUGACGAUUACAAAGUAGUAGUUGUUCAAUGUAUUUAUGAUGAUGGUGGUUCGUAUGAUACUGUAGUCAACAUUUACAGUUUGAGGACUGAUUCUUGGAAAACAAUUGACAAGUUUCAGGGCAAUUUUUUGAUAAAUUCUCCAGGUAAAUUUGUGGAUGGGAAGCUUUAUUGGGCAUUAUCUGCUGAUGUUAAUAUGUUCAAUAUGUGCAACAUCAUUUCUCUUGAUUUAGCAGACGAAACAUGGAAAAGCUUGAUGCUUCCGACUAGUUAUGGAGAAGGCAGCUAUCCUUUGACAUUGGGAGUGUUUGGAAAUGAUCUUUCUGUGCUUUGUCUGAAUUGUCACGAAGGAACUAACUCUGAUGUGUGGAUUAUGAAGCAUUCUGGAGUUGAAGUGUCAUGGACAAAGAUUUUCACCAUUGAUCAUCCAAAAGAUCUUGGCGAGUUUAUAUUUUUUUCGUCCAUUUUCUCUAUACCUUCUUGCCAGUCAAAUAAGGGUGAAUUUUUACUUUUGCUUCCUCCAGUUAUCAUGAUAUAUGAUGGUUCAACCAGACAACUAGAGGCUGUUGAUCACUUUGAGGAAUGCUUUCCUGCAGAAAUCUACGUCGAAAGCCUUGUUGAUCCCCUAUUGAUAGCACACAAUCAUUUAGCUGAUAACUCAUAA